AUGGCGCUCGCCUUCGCCAACUUCAACGCGCAGACGCGUGUGGCGGGGAAUCGCAUCGUGGACCGGCCGUGGCAGCUACCGCAGGGCUGGAACGCGUCCCUGGAUGCCUUGAACACGGAGACGAGAGACGCGAGCGGCAAGGGGUCCUUCGACACCUCGAUGGUUCUGCUCCAGCCCUAUGGCCUGGAUCUGAAGCCGUCAAGCUGCCAGUACCACAGCUACUUGCAGAUGUUCAAGCGGACCGAGGAGCUGGUGGACUCCCUCAAGAAUGAAACAGCGGAUGGCAUCAAGGGCAUCAUGGGCCUUGGCGACAAGAUGUCGAAGAGCCAUCUCGACAGAUUCAAGAGCUUCGAGAAGUUGCCUCCGAAGCAGGCCGUGCUGGCGCUCUGCGCCGACAUGGGGGCCGAGGAUUGGAACAACCAGGAGGAGAACCGCAAGUACGCAGAAAAACACUUGCGCAUUCUCUCCGGUCUCUAUGGGGUCGUGCGGCCCUACGAUGAUGUGAAGCCGGUCCGAGACAUCCCCAUGAACGCGAAGGUGAAGACCAAGAAAGGGCUCUAUCUGACAGAGUUCUGGGGCGACUCAAUCACGAAGCAGCUCAGCAAAGAUCUGAAAUCCAUCAGCGAGGGCAACAAAGGCGGCCAUUGCCUCCUCGUGAAGUGUACCAGCGAUGAGUACUUCCAGUCCGUCCAGUCGCACAACCUCCCUGAGGGCACCACCCUAGUCGAGAUUCAGUUCGAGCAAGCGCCCGAGGACGUCACUGCCAAAGCGCGCUGCCUGUUCGCGCGCUUCGUGAUCGAGAAGAAGAUCUGCACCCCCGAGGGCCUCAAGGACUUCAAGUCUCAGGAAUGGUCCCUGGACGAGCGCAGGUGUACCAUCCAAAAGGUCUUCUAUGUUUGGAUUGGAGAUGACCGACAUCGGAAGAAGAAGCAGAAGAAAGAAGACAAGGGAAAGGAGAAGGAAAAGUCAGAUGCUUCUGGCGAAGACCGAAGGAAAGGGCCCAAGAAGAAGAAGGGGGUUAAGGAGGCACAAGACUUCUCCGACAUGGAAUCAGAUGAACCCAAGCCAAAGGGCAAGAAGAAGAAGGUGGAGCGAGACCGGACUCCGCCACAGGAUUUCUCGGAUAUGGACUCUGAGGAGUUUCAGAGCCGGACGAAGAAGGGCAAGAAGGGAAAGGCCCCCCCUCCGUCCGACGAGUCCUCAGGCGGGAGCGGCAAAAAGAAGAAGGUGCGGCGGAAGAAGUCGGAGGCAUCAGAGGAGGAUCGAGGUCGGAAGAAGGGCAAGGAGGACCGGAAGCGGAAACGGGGUUCCAGCUGA